AUGUCGCUCUACAAUACUGACCUCGAAAAGCCCGGUGCGUCGGCGCUGGAGCACGAAAAUGCCGCUGCCAGCCCGCUUGGCUCUGUGGGGGAUGCUGCGACGGCUUUCUCGCCGGCGAUGCAGAAGCGCGUCCUCCGCAAGAUGGACCUGCGUCUGAUUCCGAUGCUGGCGCUGCUGUACCUGCUCGCGUUUCUGGAUCGGGGAAAUAUUGGCAAUGCGAAGAUCGAGGGGAUGCUGGAUGAUUUGCAUAUGACGGGGCCGCAGUAUAACUGGUGCUGUAUGUGUGAAGCGGAUAACCUGACAUUGAUGGGCAUUGUCAACGACUACCACGGGCUUUUGAUCGCUCGUCUCUUCCUCGGCGUCGCAGAGGCCGGCCUCUACCCCGGAAUCGCAUACUACAUCACCCUCUGGUAUCCUCGUCACCUCGCCCAAUACCGCCAGGCCUUCUUCUUCAGCGCAGCCAGUGUCGCCGGUGCAUUCUCCGGUAUCCUCGCCUGGGCCAUUGCGAAAAUGGACGGUGUGGGCAACUAUGCCGGAUGGCGCUGGAUCUUCAUCCUCGAGGGAAUUUUGACAGUCCUGGUUGGUGUCGUGGCGCCAUUCACCAUGUAUGACUUCCCAGAGACGGCGUCGUUCCUGACAGACGCAGAACGCGAGUACGUGAUUCAUGCGCUGCGAACACAGACGUCUGGAGAGGCCCGGCAAGAAGUCGUCGAGGAAGAGGCCAAGUUCCGUACUAAAUACGUGGUCGAUGCCAUGACAGAUUGGCAGAUCUAUAUCGGGCUGUUCAUGUACUGGGGUAUAACCUGCCCCCUCUACGGAAUCUCCUUCUUCCUCCCCUCCAUCAUUAAAGAUCUAGGCUAUACCUCGUCCACCGCACAGCUCCUGACCGUGCCGAUCUACAUCACAGCGGCUGUUGUCGCUGUCGGCGGUGCUUGGCUGUCAGACCGAUAUAAGAAACGCUCGCCGUUUAUCCUCUUCUUCAUGUCCCUGAUCGCCAUCGGGUUCAUUAUCGUCCUGGCCUCGUCAGACCGCGGCGUCCCAGGCGUGGUAUACUUUGGCGUUUUCGUUGCUGUUGUUGGUAUAUACCCUGCCUUCCCAGGAAACAUCACUUGGAUCAGCGUCAACCUCGCAGGCGACUACAAACGCGCAGCCGGGAUGGCAAUGCAUAUCGGGUUGGGGAAUCUUGCUGGCGCAAUGGCAUCAAAUUUCUACCGCGAGCAGGACGCACCGAAAUACACGCUCGGACAUGCGCUGGAGCUCGGGUUCUGUGUUGUGGGCAUCGGCGCGGUGCUUGUGCUGCGCCAGGCGUAUAAACGGGUUAAUAGGAAGAGGGAGCAGAUGGAUGUCUCAAAUUAUGCGUCGUAUGAGAUGGCGAAGAUGGGUGAUCGGUCGCCUAUGUUUAAGUAUAUGCUUUGA